AUGCCGACCUACAAGACCAGCCAGGAAUGGCUGGAGCAAUCCUCCCUCCUCCUUCAAGCCCGUCCAGCAACCACCAGAAUCACAACAAAGUACUCGAUAAAGCCCGUUAAGCCUAGGAAGUCGAAGAAGGGUGACGAGGAUAACACUAUGACCGACGCUGCAACCAUUAAACCCCCGAGGGGUAGCCUUGAGAUCAAGACAUUUGACCCUGUCAGCGGCGUCGCGCUCAAGUACCGUACCACCAAGGCUGCCGAGGUCUCGCGUCUCAUCACCACGCUCGGCUCUUUGGGCCGCACCAUGUCAACAUCCAAGGCUCCUGAAGACGUCAAGGACGAGCCCAUGCUUGACACCCCUGCGGAAGAGAAGAGCGCUGCCGCGGUUGAGCCGGAGACUGGCAGCGCGCAGCCGGAAAAGCCCCAGCAGGCGGGUGGUGCCGCUGGUGGAAAGAAGAAGAAGAAGGGCAAGAAAUAA